AUGUGCAAGACUGAAGCUGAUUUGUGUGCCAAGUGUUCAGAGGGGAGCUGCGACUGUACUGUUACAGACUGCUGUAGCAGCAGCUGUAGUUGUCCCAGAUGUAAAGCCAGCUCCGAAGGCUUAGCUAAUUUGUGCGCCAAAUGUUCGGAGGGGAGCUGCGACUGUUCUGCUACAGACUGCUGUAGCAGCAGCUGUAGUUGUCCCAGAUGUAAAACCAGCUCCCAAGGCUUCGCGGCUAAGGGUACUACCUGUCCUGAUGGAAUAUGCCAACUUGGACGCGAGUGUGAGUGUGGCGACUCUUGUCAGUGCAGUGACGGAUGUCAGUGUCCUCAAUGUAAAGCCGGAUGCAAAAAUGCUGGUAGUGUGUCUCAUUUGUUAUGCACAAUGACCUUUAAUCAGAACGAUCAAUAUAAUAAGACAACUUCUGCUGUAGCCGUGUACUGCGCCAAGUGUCCUGGAGGGAAGUGUGGUUGUACUGGUGCAGACUGUUGUACCAAAAACUGUAGAUGCCCCGGAUGUAAGAGCGGAUGUGGAUGCUUCCCGAAGAAGGGUGCCAUCUGCCCUGGUGGACAGUGUCAGGUCGGACGUGCGUGUGAGUGUGGAGAUUCCUGCACGUGCAGUGACACUUGUGAAUGCUCUGUCUGCAAGGCUGGCUGCAAGUGUGGAGGUGCCAAUGCUGUAUGUUCUACGAACUGUCAAUCAGGACAAUGCUGUGGAACUAGUGCUUGUCAGUACAGGUGCAAGUCGGCUACAGCUGUGUUCUGUGCCAAAUGUUCCGGAGGGAGGUGUGGUUGUACUGGUGUGGAUUGUUGUACCAGCAAGUGUAGAUGCCCCGGAUGUAGAGUCAACUGUGGAUGUUUCUCUGCUAAGCGAGCUACUUGCCAGGAUGGAGCUUGCCACAAAGGGCGUGCAUGUAGGUGUGGCUGCAAGUGCAGUAGCGCAUGCCAGUGUCCAUCCUGCAAGGCUGGGUGCAAAUGUGCAGGCUGCAAUUUCGUGUGUUCUGCAGAGUGUGGAUCUAGACAGUGUUGUGGAACAAGUGGAUGUAAAUGCAACGGCAAGUGCGCUUGCAAGAAGUGCAGAUGCACCUGCGCAUCUGGGAACUGCACUUGCGAUAAAGGAUGUACUGGACCCUGCACUUGUAGAUGUGCUGCAUGCUGCACAUGUAAGCAGUAA